AUUUAUCAACAGGAAUUAUAUUCACUGAUACAGAAAAAAAGUGGAAUGUAUUUAGCAUCUUCAUUAUAUGAUGGAUUGGAAGAUAAUAAUAUGAACCAAGUAAAAGCAUUAUUAAAAGAAAAAGAUGCAGAUCCUAAUAUUUUAAUUCCAUCCUAUGGUAUUUCGCCAUUUCACCUGGUGAUAGGUAACGAAUCAGAAGCAUUUGCUGAAGAGGUUACCAAACUUUUUUUACGUCAUGGCGGAGAUCCAAAUGUCAGGUCGAUUGAUAGAAUGACUCCAGUACACGUUGCUGCAGCCUGGGGACGUGUGCGAGUAUUAGAAUUAUUACUCGCCAAUGGUGGUGAUCCAUUGUGUGUAGAUGAUGAAAAUCAUACUCCAUUUCACUACGCACUAGAAGGCUCGUUCUAUGAAGCCGUUUCUGUUUUGGCUAAAUUUUCUUGCAAAACUCAAGAUGAUGAUGAAGAUAGUAACAGCGAUAGUGAUAAGCCCAAGGUUCAAAUUACACUGGAAAAAAUUUUUAUCAAUAACGGUAAUGUUGUAGCCGAGUAUGUACCAUCGGACAUUGAUUUUACGAAUCAUACUGUUGAUGAAAAAAAACAAAAUACCAAAAACUUUAAUGAUUUAUCUAGCUAUAAAUCAGAUGGCUCAUCUAGUUACAAUUUACCUGAUGAUUUUUCUGUACAAAAAGCAUAUUCUUAUACAACUAACGAUGAUUCCUUUGAUAAUCUUCCAAAUGAUAAUAUAACAUUUCGUCGACGUCCACGAGCAAAUCGUAAUGAUUGCGUUAAUAAAAAUGCUAUAUCUCCAAUACUACCUGAUGAUAUCGUCUCUGAAUUAAAGUCCGGGUUUAUUAGAGAUGAGCAAAAAUUAGUUAAAAAUAUAAUAAAAAGACUCUCAAAUUCAUUCGAGAAAACUACGGGCUCGUGGGCUAAUAAAAAAUUAAACGAUGAAAUGAAAAAUAAACACACAAAAAAAUUCGUAAGCUUACUUCCACAGCCAAAAAUAUUUAAAAAUAACUUACAAUUUAUGAAUAAAAAGCAAUCAAAGACAUUGCUCGAUACGUCGAUUAUCAGCAAAUCACCUAAUUUUCAUAUUAAUAUCAACAGAAAUUAUAAUAAUAAAUUUAAUACAUCGAACUCGUUGGAGAGUGAAAGUUUGAUGAAUCAAAUGUCUUUGAGCCAAUCAUCCACCAGUUCAAGUGCUAAAAGUGCCAGUUCAACGCCGAGAAAAGAGACUGAAAUAGUGCAAUGUAAAUCUAAGGAAAAAAAAUGUUUGAAUAACAAUAUUAAUAGGAAUUCAUUAAAUCUGAGUUACAAUGAGAGAGAUUAUGUUUCUUCUUUUUCGACAAAUAAUGAAUACAAGUCAGAUAUUGAUGAUAGCUAUUUUUUAAAAAAUAUUAUUAGAAAUUUAAAUGAUUCCUUUGAAGAUGAUUAUGAUAAAGAAAAUUCAGAAUUAAUAAAUAGUGAGAUUUUAAUGAAUAAUAGAGGUUUAAAGUUGAAUGGAGAUAGUAAAAAAAAUUUGGAGGAAAAAACAAAACCUAGGUCAUUCAAAGGAUCUCAUCUACUUCUUCCGUCAAAAAAUUUAAAAGAGAAUACAAGAGAUAGGAAUGUUGACAAACACAGCAAUAAAGAAGAAAUAAAACAAGAUAAAGAAUUGAAUAUUUCUUUCCAUGAUAAAAUAAAAUCUAUUCUUGAAAGUCCAGGAUCUUCUACACCAACGUCAAAUUAUUUAUCUGUAAGAUCAGAGCUGAGUGAUCAGGAGGAACUCGAUCUACACUAUGAAAUAAAUAAUAUUUUCAAGGGCAAUAAAACACCGCCUGCAUCAAUUUCUAAAAGAUCCGACGAAUCUUGGGCUACCGAUGAGUCAACAGCACUAUCCGAUGAUUUUACGAAUUCCUUGUUAAUUUAUAAACCAUCUAUUGACACAAGUUAUGAGUACGAAAGUUCAGUCCAGAGCCAAAAAGAUAGUUCUAAUAAUCAAUUAAAAGUUGAAGAUAAAAUGCAAAGCAGCGAUACUGAUACUUACGAAACUCCUCUCCGAUCUUUUAGUUCUUCAACGAGCAAUGAUUCGUUUGUUACUGUCGAAGAGCAGUACCAUUACGUUGAUCCUGAAAGAAAGAAAGCUUUCUUAGAACGUCGACUAUGUGUCAUACCAAAACUCGAUGAACCUGUUGACCAUAUUAGCGAAUCUAGUUAUUUAGAAGAAAUGUCUGAAAACAAUGAAAGUGGCCCUUUAAGAGUCGUACAUAAACCAGUACAAGGUAAACAAAUACUUGCUAAUUGUGAUCUUCGGAACCGUUUAAUAACUUUGGGAGAACAACCUGGACCUAUAACAUCGACAACUUACCACGUAUAUUUAAAACGACUUACUAAAUUAGAAAAAAAUGUUGAUUUAAAUGCUCGUAUGCAAGAGCUGUCACUUAAGGAUGAGAUUAAACUUUCUCCAGUGGUGAAAAAUGGAUUGUUCGACCCUUGGGCGUGCAAUCUCCAGCCUUUCCAAGAUCUCGAAGAUCGAGUGUUCAAAGAAUUCGAAACACCGAAACCUAAUCGAAGAUAUCGUGGAGGUAUCUCAAAAUCAUAUUUCAACUACAUUCUUCUAGAUCCACGAAUUACAAACAAUCUACCGCGUAAUGGUCGUUAUUUAUCACCCGGACAACGCUGGAAUAUAUUUCUCAAAGCUAUUUUUUACAUUGGCAAAGGCAAAGCGUCGCGACCGGCAGCUCAUCUGUAUGAUGCAUUUGACUUCUGGUUCAAGAAUAAGUCUGAUGAACCUUCUAAUAAAAUUCAGAAAAUUCUUGACAUCUGGCGGGAAUCAAAAGGUGUUAUUUGUCUUCACGUUUAUAUGAAUCGUAUGCAAGAAGAAGCUUUUACCCGUGAGGCAGCUAUGAUUGACGCUAUUGGUCUUGAUAAAUUGACUAAUUGUGUACGUGGAAAUUAUUAUGGUAUAAUUACAACAAUGAACAAUUUGGAUAAAAUUGGUAUGGGUAAUUAUUUACUUUAUAAAGCUAUGGAAAUUUUUAUGUACGAAGGUGAACGACAGCUAUUUCCUCAAAGUAUUACAUAG